AUAAGCCCCCUAUCAUCACCUUCUUCUUUAUAUAUACAUCAUCUACUCUUGUCAUGAGAACUAAUAAGCAAAGGUUUAUAAUUAUAUACUUGUUACACAUAAAUUCAUAUUGAGCGAAAUGAGGAAGCCUGCAGAUCAAACCGAGAAAGCGAGCAACAAGGGGAAUGUGAAGCUAAGAAAAGGCUUAUGGUCACCCGAAGAAGAUGAGAAACUGAUGGUGUACAUGCUGAGGAACGGCCAAGGCUGCUGGACUGAUAUUGCUAAGAAUGCCGGCUUGCAGAGGUGUGGCAAAAGCUGUCGUCUCCGGUGGAUCAAUUACUUGCGCCCAGAUCUCAAACGUGGCUCCUUUUCGCUACAAGAAGAACAGCUUAUCAUUCAUUUGCACUCCAUCCUCGGCAACAGGUGGUCUCAGAUCGCAGCACGAUUGCCAGGAAGAACGGACAACGAGAUCAAGAAUUUCUGGAACUCUACAAUAAAGAAAAGGUUAAAGGACAGUGUCAUUUCCACAACUUCACCAAACAACAGCAUAUCAUCAGAUCCUAUUAAUGGUAUAACCGGAGGAAUGAUAUCUUUCGAAGAACAUGAGCUUAUGAACUUCUGCAUGGAUUCUAUUUCCGCGACUACUUCAUCUUCUUCCAUGCAAAACAGCAUCACCUCUGCAACUUACCAGUUUGAUCCUUUCCCUCCACUGCAAGACAACAGCCAUGAAAUAAACAUUGCACCGAGGUUAUUCAAUGUGCCUAAUCAUAGCGUAGAAGGUGGAAUCCUGGAUGAUUAUGGUGGUUUUGAGCAAUACGUGACCGGGUUUGAAAAUGACCUCAGUGUCCCUUCCUUGGAAAACGACGGUAAUGCUGAACUAAUGUUUGAUAAGAGAAGUUCGAAUGGGAAAUACUUGAUUGAUGUUGAUCAGAGCAUAAAAGUAGAGGAUUUUGAUUUUGGUACUAAUAAUCAUUGGCAAGGAGGACAAAACUUAAAAACAGGAUCAGAUCAAUUGGAUUGGGAGAGUUUGUUGGCAAAUGUCUCUUUCUCACCUUACCUUGAUUUCCAAAUUGAAUAACUACAACCUACAGAAAAUUACUCGAUAUCUUCUGGGAAAUAGAUAAUUUUUCCUCGAGCCUUAGGCGAUAUAAACUUUUCUUUUUCUUGCAAAAAUUUGUAUAUCUGCAAUUUGUAGAACUUAAGAGUUAAAGCAAUAAGUACUGGGUACAAUUAAGCUGAGGGUGGUUCCAGAGAUGUACAUGUAUAUGAACUUCAAGUCAAUCUGCACGCGGGAACUGGAGUUCAUGGAAUAAUGUUCAUUGUUUUUAACAGAAGAUGUUUAUAUUGAAUUCUUUUCCACAAGUGAAGCAGAAGUAAAUGCUUUAUUUUCUGUGAAAUUGUAUGUGCAAAUGUAGU